CUCCGCCAUGGUGACGUCACAGUUCUCAGACGUCGGAGGAGGAGGAGGUGGUGGUUUUAGUGGGUCUCCUCCGCUCAGCCAACUCCACGGCGUGUUUGAGAAAAAUGAAACAUGGAUGAGGGGUUCACCGAAAGUCGGGAGGAAGCUGCCCAUUGUGGGAAAUAGGACAACAUCCAACCAAGAAGCGACUCAAGACCUGAAUGAUGUUCCUGGCCCACCAGCCAAGCCGUUCACUGUUUGCCAAAGCUUGAUCAAAAAUGGUCCUGGUGAAAGGGCGGCUGCCAUAAAAUAAGUUUUAAAGACGUAAAACAGGGAGGAAAAAGGAAAUGGAAAAACGGUUAGAAGAGAAGCUUCGCAUCAGCCAGAGAGAAAAGGAGUCCAGUAGCUCCGCCCGAUCACCAUUAAAGACCACCAUGGUGAUCCAGGACAACUCUUUACCAGCAGGACCCCCGCCUCAGAUCCGCAUUUUGAAGCGACCAGCAAGUAAUGGGUCAUUAGCAUCGUCCAUGAACCCAAACAGGCCCACUCCGCAGGUCAAGUCUCUGGCCCAGCGCGAAGCGGAGUAUGCCGAGGCCAGGAAACGAAUUCUGGGUAGUGCCUGCCCAGAGGAGACUCCUCAGGAAAAGCCCAACACUGACAGGCCAGUGCGCAAUAAUUCCACAAUGCCUUCAGAGGACACCAGAUCAAACAAUCACACUGUCCGGCAGCCCGCCGGCCCAGACGGCACCCAGGGGUUCCGCCAGCACAGAUAAGCGGGUCUCUGGGACGCCCCAGCCAUGGAGGGGAGGGGAAGAGAGAGAUUAAGAGCCACCUGAGAUCAAACGCAGCACCGUAUUUUAUAAACUUCCUCCCUUCGCUUCCCUCAUAUCAGCCAGCCGGCGCGGCUCUGUGCCCCCCUUUCACUCUCUCAGCCGGGCGGCGAAUCAGCCGGGGAACGAGGAACUCCAGCAGGAAGUGGGAGCUGACGUGAGCUCUUCUCUCUCUCCCCUUUGCUCAUGUUUAUUCGGCACUGUGAUUAUGGACUUAUUCUGGACUCACUGUGAUGAUCCCGGCCCCUUUAAGAGACGCCCCUGGCCCCCCUCCCUUUUUUUUUUUUUUUUUUUUUUCUGUGUUCUGUCUUGGGAUGUUAAAAAAAAAAAAAAAGCAGAAGCAAAGACUCGAACUUGAGCAGUUCAAGGAUGAGGUGAAACGAGGGGUCAUAUCAAAACUAAAUCGGCUGGUUCUUGUACAGCAGCUUCUUCCCAGCAAUAAUAGCAGACAUUUUCUUUUCCUUUCUUUUUAAUCACUUGUCUUUACACAAGGCGUGCACUGAUAUCUUUUGAAUGCAGAUCCCAGUUCUUAACACACCACUAAGCCUGUUUAUUCAAACAGUAUUAGAUUUUAAACUUUAAAGCAGGAAUUGAGAAUCCAAGUCCUCCACCGUCUCGUCUGGCGGUAAAAACGAAGCCGAGAUGCCAAGAACGGUUCAAAAUAUCAGUGCACAACCUCCUAUUGAAAGAAACUGCCGUUUGUUUUUAAAAUCAAAGGUCAGGGGUUACGUGUGUCAAGUUAUGUACAUGGCAAGUUUUUUGUUUACUUUUUUUUAAGCUUUUAGCUGUCUUCCUUCGCCUACUUUCUAUUUAAGAGUAAAAUAGGAUGAACAGGAGAGAACGGAUCCAAGUUGGGUUUCAAGUAGCUUUUCUGCCCUUUUUUUAUAUGAAAUUACAGUAUUUAAAUAAACCUAAAGGCCCCCUUUAAAAAAAACAAAGUUUUUAUGAUUUGAAAAUGGUGUUGGCAGGAAUCCUAGUGACAUUUUUAGAUGCAUUUUACUGCUGUCCUGUUUCCACCCAGUCAGUGACGUUUCUUCACAGCUUCCUACGAAGUAAAACUUAGGAACUCAGGUCCAUGUGAAUGAGACUGAAUGAAUGAAAUGAACGAAGAUUGUAUUUUUCCAGCGGGUUUUGUUUUCUCAGAAGACUGGUGUACCGUAUUUAACUUAUGGUGGUCGGCACUUAAAAGCGGUGCUCUGUCGAGCUUAAUGUAACAGAGGAAAA